AUGGGCAACGUGCUGGGCCCCGCCGCGCCCCGGGCCCCGCGGCGGGGGGAGCCGCUCGGCAGCCCGGGAAGCUUCGAUGAGCUGCACCGGCAGUGCAAAGAGGUUUUCCCGCAGCAGAUGGAGGGGGUGAAGCUGAUCGUCACCAAGACCCUGAGCAGCCACUUCCAGGUGAUGCACACGGUUCACAUGAGCACCCUCGGCCCCUCCAGCUACCACUUCAAUGCCACCUUCGUGGGUGACCGGCAGCUCAGCCCCACCGAGGCCUUCCCCACGCUGGUCGGGGACAUGGACAACAGCGGCAGCCUCAACGCCCAAGUGCUGCAUCUCGUGGCUGAGCGCAUCCGCACCAAAGCAGUCUUCCAGACACACCAGGCCAAGUUCGUGACGUGGCAGUUCGAUGGCGAGUACCGGGGGGACGACUGCACCGCCACCCUCACGCUGGGCAACCCCGACCUCCUCGGCGAGUCCGUGAUCCUGGUGGCCCAUUUUCUCCAGAGCAUCACCUCCCGCCUGGUCCUGGGCGGGGAGAUGGUUUAUCACCGGCGGCCAGGGGAGGAGGGAGCCAUUCUCACGCUGGCGGGCAAAUACACGGCUCUGAAGUGGGUGGCGACGCUGAAUGUGGGAUACGGCGGCGCCCAUGCCAGCUACUACCACCGAGCCAACGAGCAGGUGCAGGUCGGGGUGGAGCUGGAGGCCAACACGCGGCUGCAGGACACCACCUUCGCCUUCGGCUACCAGCUCAACCUGCCACGAGCCAACAUGGUCUUCAGAGGGCUCCUGGACAGUAACUGGAGCGUUGGGGGGGUGCUGGAGAAGAAGCUGCCUCCCCUGCCCGUCACCCUGGCUCUGGGCGCCUUCCUCAACCACUGGAAGAACCGUUUCCACUGCGGCUUCAGUGUCAUUGUGGGCUGAGGGGCCACGGGGGCGGGCAGCAUGUGCCACCGUCCUGCUCAGGGAGCCACCGUGCCGUGCCGCGGGGGCGCUGGCCAGGCCCUGCUCUCGCACCGCAGUGCCAGGGGAGCCCUUGGAGGGGGGACCUGGUCCCUUACAGCCGGGGGACACUGUGUGACAGCGCGUGGUGGCUGUUAGCCUUUUUGGGCUGAGGAGCGGCUGCCACUCGGGCCUGGGGUCCUCCAUCCCCCCGGCGCUCACCCGCAUCGCCCUCCUCGCCCCAGCACCACGCUUCCCUCUGUUCCCACCGCUGCUCUGCCUUGGUUUCCCUCCAGCGGCGCAGGGGGUGGCUCCGGGCUGCGGACGGGGCUGGAGGUGCUGGCGGUGCCUGCGUGCACGCAUCCACAGAGCCUGGAAAAAUAAAGGAGCUUUAC